UUACACACGCCGCCCGUAACGGUCACACCCGAAUCAAGUGACACGUCGGAGAGACCAAAAAGAAAAAUUGUAAAUUGGGAAAUCGGGAAAUUGGGAAAAUAAGGCUAAAGUAAACAGGCUGCCACGAUGACGUCGCAAGUGCCGUGCUAUACGAUAAUCAACUCACCGGAUCUCGAGGUGCCCAACGAGAUGCAGCUAAAGCAGGAUCUCGAGAAGGGCGACACAAAUGUGAAGAUCGAGACGCUGAAGCGGGUGAUCAAGUUGCUGCUUAAUGGCGAACGGUAUCCGGGAUUGAUUAUGACCAUCAUACGUUUUGUGCUGCCCGUGCAGAAUCAUACGAUUAAGAAGUUGCUACUCAUUUUCUGGGAAAUUGUCCCAAAGACAUCGGCUGAUGGAAAACUACUACAGGAGAUGAUCCUGGUGUGUGAUGCCUAUCGAAAGGAUUUGCAGCAUCCCAAUGAGUUCCUCCGCGGUUCCACUUUGCGUUUCCUGUGCAAGCUCAAGGAACCCGAGCUACUCGAACCCCUGAUGCCAGCCAUACGCGCUUGCCUGGAUCACCGGCAUUCGUAUGUGCGGCGUAAUGCAGUCCUUGCCAUCUUUACAAUCUACAAGAACUUCGAUUGGCUGGUGCCGGAUGGCCCUGAGUUAAUUGCCAGCUUUCUGGAUACCCAGCAAGACAUGAGCUGCAAGCGAAAUGCCUUCUUGAUGCUCCUCCAUGCCGACCAAGAGCGAGCACUCAAUUAUCUGGCCAGUUGCAUCGACCAAGUGCACACCUUCGGUGAUAUUUUGCAGUUGGUCAUCGUCGAGCUGAUCUAUAAGGUGUGCCAUGCCAAUCCCGCCGAGCGUUCACGGUUUAUCCGUUGUAUCUACAACCUAUUGAACUCCAGCUCGAAUGCCGUGAGAUACGAAUCUGCUGGCACUUUGAUUACCCUCUCGUUGGCACCCACCGCCAUUAAGGCGGCGGCCAGUUGCUACAUCGAAUUGGUGGUCAAGGAAAGCGACAACAAUGUCAAGCUAAUCGUUCUCGACCGUCUGGUGGCCAUGAAGGAGCACGAGGGCAUGGAGAAGGUGAUGCAAGAUCUGGUUAUGGACAUACUCCGAGUUCUAGCCGCUCCAGACAUCGAAGUGAGGAGGAAAACACUCGCUUUGGCUUUGGAUUUGGUCUAUUCGCGUAAUAUUGGUGAAAUGGUGCUGGUCCUGAAGAAGGAAGUGGCCAAGACGCACAACGUGGAGCACGAGGACACUGGAAAGUACAGGCAACUGUUAGUCCGAACCUUGCACACCUGUUCCAUUAAAUUUCCUGACGUGGCCGGUAAUGUUAUACCCGUACUGGUGGAAUUCCUUUCGGAUACCAAUGAACUCGCCGCCGCCGAUGUUUUGGUCUUCAUUCGUGAGGCCAUCCAGAAGUUCCCUGCCUUGCGUGCCCUCAUUAUUGAGCAUUUGAUUGAGGCCUUCCCACAAAUUAAGUCCUCAAAGAUUCAUCGCGCCGCCGUCUGGAUUCUGGGAGAGUACGUCGAGGGACCACAAAUUCUCGAAGUGAUUGCUGUCAUCCAGCAAACGCUGGGUGAAGUUCCCAUGGUGGAAGCAGAGCAGCGGCGUUUGGCCGGUGAUCAGACCGAGGAGCAGAAGCAGCAGCAGGGAACCACUGGCGGCAGUGCCGCUGGAUCUGCCACAGAGGGCGGCGCUGGACCUGGAAAUGCCAGCAACAAGGUCACCUCCGAUGGAACCUAUGCCACCCAGAGCGCCUACAGUCUCGCCCCGGUGGCCAAGGCCGAGAAACGUCCGCCACUGCGCCAGUACUUGAUGAAUGGUGACUUCUUCAUUGGCGCCGCUCUAUCCGCCACGUUGACCAAGUUGGCACUACGUUAUGGAGAUCUGCAGCCGGAGGCUCGUGCCCAGAAUCGUCUGACCACACAAGUGAUGCUAAUCAUGAGCUCCAUCCUGCAUUUGGGCAAAUCCGGUUUCCCCAGCAAGCCCAUAACUAACGACGAUACCGAUCGCAUCUUUGUCUGCCUGCGGACGCUUAGCGAACGCACUCCAGAAGCGGUGGCCGUCUUUACACUAUUCUGCCGUGAAGCUCUGGGCAAGAUGUUGGAUGCCCAGCACGACGAGGACCAGCGCAUGUUGAAGGAGAAACAGAAGUCCACGGCCAAGGUACAGCCAGAUGAUCCAGUACUCUUUGCACAGCUAUCGAAUGGACGCGACAACCAGAUGGGCGAGAACGUUUUCGAAUCCAGUUUGAACCAGGCGCUGGCUGGAAGCAAGAAUGCCCAGCUGAGCGACGUGGCAUCACCCAACAGCAAGCUCAACAAGGUUACGCAGCUGACUGGCUUCUCGGAUCCCGUCUAUGCCGAGGCCUACGUCAAUGUCAACCAAUACGAUAUUGUGUUGGACGUGCUGAUCGUCAACCAGACCAACGACACGCUGCAGAACUGCACAUUGGAAUUGGCCACGUUGGGCGAUCUUAAGCUGGUAGAACGCCCGCAUCCGGUUGUUUUGGCCCCGCAUGAUUUCUGCAACAUCAAGGCUAACGUCAAGGUUUCCUCCACAGAGAAUGGCAUCAUCUUCGGCAAUAUUGUUUAUGAUACCGCCCUGAAUACGAAUGUUGUGGUUCUCAAUACCAUCCACAUCGACAUCAUGGACUACAUCAUUCCGGCCAGCUGCACGGACACCGAGUUCCGCCAAAUGUGGCAGGACUUCGAGUGGGAGAACAAGGUCACCGUCAACACCAGCUUCACCGACCUGCACGAAUAUCUCAAGCACCUGCUGAAGAGCACCAACAUGAAGUGUCUCACGCCGGAGAAAGCGCUGUCCGGUCAAUGCGGCUUCAUGGCCGCCAACAUGUACGCCAAGUCCAUUUUUGGAGAGAAUGCUUUGGCCAAUCUGAGCAUCGAGAAGCCAGUAGAUGAUCCAGAUUCCAAGGUUACGGGACACAUACGCAUUCGCGCCAAGAGUCAGGGCAUGGCCUUGAGUCUGGGCGACAAGAUUAGCUCCUCGCAGAAGCAGUCAGUGCAGGCGGCCUAGUGGAUGUUGAACUGGACGUGGACGACCAGCCACCACCAAGAGCGACGUAUCUAGAUUACGUAUUCGGCCUACCGCCCGCAUUCCGCCAGCUGCAACUUCUUCAAUUUACAUUACACGUUACAUUUAUGCAUAAAGAAUAUAUUAUAUCUUAACCCCAGGA